AUGUCGAACGCAUCCCCUACCGUGCCCAUGGCCGAACCUCCCUCGUAUGAAACGCAACAGGCGCGUCAUCCGGGCCAGCAACCUCCUCAAAACCAGCAGCAGCAGCAACAGCAGCUGCAGCAGCAGUACCAUCAUCCGGCUUCGACUACCUCUGCCAUGAAUGGUUUCUACCAUGCCAUCCAGCAGAGGCACGGUCAAGCCGAUGCUAUGAUCAAGGACGGCGAGAUGGCUCAUCAGAACCAGGCCAACGUCUCGUUGUUCUCUCCCUGGUUCAACUUUGGCACCUCUGGCGCCGCCUUCUUGCCGAUGCCGUCGCCCUCGUUGGGAGACAGCAUCAACGACACCUUCGUCCCUUGGUCGGAAAACAUCUUCUCGUCCGGUCUCACUCCCACGCCCGGACAACCCAUGUCGCAAAACUACCCCAUAUCUGACAUGCAUCCUCACAUGCAAGGCGGCCCCGAGGACAGGACCUUCAUCAAGCAAGAGGCCCCGUUCAUGCCGUUCGCGAUGCCUAAUAUGGGCGGAGGCGACAACAAGCGCCAAGGACCCGCCGCGGACUUGCGCAAAGAGUCUCUCGCUAGCGGGCCCGGUUCGGUGUCCCGCGUCGACUCGUCGUCGUCCGGAGCUUCGGCUGCGUCGAUGCUCAUGGAUGGCAACGUCAGGACCCCGACCCCGUUGUUCAAGAGUCGAGAACCUCCUCGAUCUUUCGACUCUACCGGGAGUUAUUUCACCUACCCUCGACCUGGAGGCCCAGAACAGAUGCCUUCGAGCUAUCAACACCAGCCCCAGCUCUAUUCGCACCAGAGCGACACUUCGCAACAGGCCGUCCAGCCGUCGCAGCUGUUUCAUCAGAGCCAGCCUUCUUUCCAAGGUCACGUGCCGAACCAGUUCAUGAGCUUCCCCCCUGGCUUGAUGCAACAAAAUAUCUCCCAACACCAGAGCUAUAUGCAUCAACCGGAUCGUCAGAACUCGCGAGAAUCUACGUCUUCCGAAGCCUCGAGCAUCUCGCCGGCCAUGCUCAACUCGAGGGCGCCUCGGACCGGUUCGCCCGUCUCGAUGUACAGCGAUGAUGUGCUCCAUUCGAUCUCGGCCCAGACCAGCCCUCGGUCUCAAGUUUCACUCCACCUUCCCGGGCCGAACUAUAACAACACCGCCUCGGGAAGCGCGGGACAAUACACCUCUGGACCUGGAUCCUUGCUCAAAACCCAUCGAGACUCGACCAGCUCGAUGCAGACCGACAUGUCGGCCGAUGGCGUCGAAGGCGUCGAUGUCAACGCGGACGACGAUCCCGACAGCAUGCGCAAAGAGAAGAACGGAAUGAUCUGGGGAAUGGAUGCCCCGACCUAUUACAAGAUGUCGGCCGUGGAGAGGAAAAAGCUUCGGAACAAGCUCAGCGCGAGGACGCAUAGGGUCAAGCGCAAACAAAAGGCGCAAGAUACUGAACAACAGUUGGAGGUGGCCCGAGAUGAAAUCGAUCAGCUGCGAGCUGAGAAUGCUGCGCUUCAAGCGCGGCUCGCCAAGUACGAAGGGGGCCAAUGCUGA